AUGUCCUUCAACCCCGCUGACGAAGGGCACCGCUCUUCGCUCUUCGUGAGCUUCUUCGCCUCCGCCGCCGGCCCGGCAGUCGCGUGCCUCGCCACGAAUCCCGCCGACGUCGCUCGUACACGGCUCUCGCUCGACGCCGCGCUGCAGGACGCGUCACAGAAGCAGUACCGCGGCGCGGUGGACUGCAUCCGCAAGACGUGGGUGGAGGAGGGCUUCACGGGCGUGCAGCGCGGCCUCCGCUUCGCUAUGGUGCGCGAGGCGUCGAAGAACUCCUUCCGCAUCGGCCUCUUUGAGCCACUGCUGCAGGCCCAGACCGGCGGCUCCCGCCGCGCCUCAUGGAGAGAGCGGCUGCUCGCCGGCGGCACGUCUGGCGGCGUCGCCGCCGUCGUCUGCAACCCACUGGACCGGCUCAAGAUCCUGCUGCAGCUCGAGGGCCGCAGUUUCGUUUCCGGCGCCGGCGGCGUGCGGGGCUUCUGGAGAGGAACGUCGGUCAACGUGGCGCGCUCGGUCGCCGGGACUGCAGUGCAGCUCGCCGCCAACUCGCGGCUGCAAGAGGCGGCUGCCGCAGCGCGCCUGCCGCGCGGCUCUCGCACCGACGCUGGCUGCGCGAUGCUGGCCUCCUUCCUGCUCGUCCUCGUCAUCUCGCCGACGGACGUCGUGCGCGCGCGCCUCUACUCGCAGCCGACGGGCGUCGACGGCGCGCCGAGGCUGUACCGUGGCCCUCUCCACUGCGCGUGGCGCAUCGUCGCGGCGGAGGGCGUCCAGGGCCUCUUCAAGGGCGUGGUCGCGUCGUGGAUGCGUGUCGGCCCGCACACGACCCUCUCGCUGACGCUCGUGGCCGCCAUCAAGCGCGCCGCCGCCGCGAGGUGA